UUCUAUAUAUUCUUGUGUGAUCAUGAAUUCCUCGUCCAUUAUUUAUAUUCUUGUCUUUGUCCACCUUUGUUUAUUGAGCUUACCAUGCAGAGAGAGUGUGUGCAUCCCAAGUGAGCGUGAGACACUUUUGAAGUUUAAGAAUAAUCUCAAUGAUUCUUCAAAUAGGCUUUGGUCUUGGAAUCAUAAUCAUACCAACUGUUGCCACUGGUAUGGAGUCCUCUGCCACAGCGGCACUUCCCACGUUCUUCAGCUUCACCUCAACUCUUCACAUUCUCCUUUAAAUGACGACCACGAUUGGGAAUCUUAUCGGAGAUGGAGCUUUGGUGGAGAGAUAAGUCCUUGUUUGGCUGAUUUAAAGCAUUUGAAUUACUUGGACUUGAGCGCCAAUAGAUUUCUUGGAGAAGGUAUGUCAAUUCCUUCUUUCCUUGGGACAAUGACUUCCUUGACUCACCUCAACCUCUCUUAUACUGGAUUCUAUGGGAAGAUUCCUCCUCAGAUUGGGAAUCUCUCAAAUUUGGUGUAUCUUGACCUGAGUUAUGUUUUUGCCAACGGAACAGUACCCUCUCAGAUCGGGAAUCUCUCUAAGCUUCGAUAUCUUGACUUGAGCUACAAUUAUUUUGAAGGUAUGGCAAUUCCUUCUUUCCUUUGUGCAAUGACCUCCUUGACUCACCUCCACCUCUCCCUUACUGGAUUCAUGGGGAAGAUUCCAUCUCAGAUUGGGAAUCUCUCCAAUUUGCUCUACCUUGACCUUGGAUUUAAUAAUCUGUUAGCUGAAAAUGUAGAAUGGGUAUCAAGUAUGUGGAAGCUUGAAUAUCUUGAUUUGAGUUAUGCAAACCUAUCCAAAGCAUUUCAUUGGCUACACACUCUCCAAUCUCUUCCUUCUUUGACCCACCUAUAUUUGUCACACUGCACACUCCCUGACUAUAAUGAACCAUCCUUGCUCAACUUCUCAUCUCUGCAAACUCUCGAUCUUUCCGUUACUAGUUAUUCCCCUGCCAUUUCUUUUGUCCCCAAGUGGAUAUUCAAAUUGAAGAAACUUGUUUCUCUUCAAUUACUGGGUAAUGAAAUCCGAGGUCCGAUUCCUGGUGGUAUCCGAAACCUCACACUUCUUCAAAAUCUUGACUUGUCUUCCAAUUCAUUCUCAUCUUCUAUACCUGAUUGCUUAUACGGUCUUCAUCGUCUCAAGUCCCUGAACCUAUGGGGCAACAACUUGCAUGGGACUAUUUCUGAUGCCCUGGGAAAUUUGACUUCUCUUGUUGAACUUUAUUUAUCAAGUAAUCAACUUGAAGGAACCAUUCCAACUUCUUUGGCUAAUCUCUGCAACUUAAGGGACAUUGAUUUCUCAUAUCUCAAACUCAACCAACAGGUUAAUGAUAUUUUAGAAAUUCUUGCUCCUUGUAUUUCCAAUGGACUCACAACACUUGCAGUUCAGAGUUCACAACUUUCAGGCAAUCUGACAGAUCAUAUUGGGGCAUUUAAAAAUAUUGAGCAGCUAGAUUUUUCCAACAACUCAAUUGGUGGUGCUCUUCCUAGAUCAUUUGGAAAACUUUCAUCAUUAAGAUAUCUCAAUGUGUCUAUUAAUAAAUUCAGUGGAAAUCCAUUUGAAAGUCUUGGAUCAUUCUCUAAAUUGUUAUCUCUUCAUAUUGAUGGCAAUAAUUUUCAAGGAGUUGUCAAGGAAGAUGAUCUUACAAAUCUUACAAGCUUGAUGGAGUUUCAUGCAUCAGGGAGCAAUUUCACUUUAAAAGUGGGCCCCAAUUGGCAUCCUAAUUUUCGGCUUUACUAUUUGGAUGUGAGAUCAUGGCAGUUAGGUCCCAGCUUUCCAUCGUGGAUUAAGUCACAAAACAAACUUGAAUAUUUGGACCUGUCUAACACAGGGAUUAUUGAUUCUAUUCCCACACAGAUGUGGGAAGCACUUUCUCAUGUUAUGUAUGUAAACCUCUCUCAUAAUCAUAUCCAUGGCGAGCUUGGGACUACAUUAAAAGGUCUAUCAGUUAUCCAAACUAUUGAUCUAAGCUCAAAUCACUUGUGUGGUAAAUUACCCUAUCUUUCAAGUCCAAAUGUGUUGCGGUUAGAUCUUUCAAGCAAUUCAUUCUCUGAAUCCAUGAAUGACUUUUUAUGUAACGAUCACCCUCACGGAAUGCAAUUACAAUUUUUGAAUCUUGCAUCAAAUAAUUUGUCAGGAGAGAUACCUGAUUGCUGGAUGAAUUGGACAACUCUUGUGGAUGUAAAUUUACAAAGCAACCAUUUUGUUGGGAAUUUACCCCAAUCCAUGUGUUCCUUGGUAGGCCUGCAGUCUUUACAAAUUCGUAACAACACACUCUCAGGAAUAUUUCCUACCAGUUUGAAGAAGGCUACCCAAUUGAUAUCCUUGGACCUUGGGGAAAAUAAUCUUUCAGGAAGUAUUCCAACAUGGGUUGGAGAAAAGCUCUUAAAUGUGAAAAUCCUCCGCCUUCGAUCAAACAGUUUUGCAGGCCACAUUCCAAAUGAAAUAUGUCAGAUGAGUCAUCUUCAGGUUUUAGACCUUGCACAAAACAAUUUGUCUGGCAAUAUACCGAGCUGUUUCAGUAACUUGAGUGCCAUGAUACUAAUGAACCAAAGUACAGAUCCUCUUAUCUAUUCUCUAGCACCUUAUAUUACACGUUACACUUCCACCUAUAGUAUAGUUAGUGUGCUACUAUGGCUGAAAGGAAGAGGAGAUGAGUACAAAAGCUUUCUGGGUUUGGUAACAAACAUUGACCUGUCAAGUAACAAGUUAUUGGGGGAAAUACCAAGAGAAAUUACAGAUCUAAAUGGAUUGAAUUUUUUAAACUUGUCCCACAACCAAUUGAUUGGUCCUAUUCCACAAGGUAUUGGUAAUAUGCGAUCAUUACAAUCCAUUGAUUUUUCUAGGAAUCAACUUUUUGGUGAAAUCCCUCUAACCAUUUCAAAUUUGAGCUUUUUGAGCAUGCUAGAUGUGUCUUAUAAUCAUUUGAAGGGAAAAAUUCCAACAGGAACUCAAUUGCAAACCUUUGAUGCCUCCAGCUUUAUCGGCAACAAUCUAUGUGGUCCACCACUGCCCAUAAACUGCAGCUCCAAUGGGAAAACUCAUAGUUAUGAAGAAAGUCAUGGGCAUGGAGUGAAUUGGUUUUUUGUUAGUGCGACAAUCGGAUUUGUUGUGGGAUUCUGGAUAGUGAUUGCUCCUUUGCUGAUUCGUAGAUCGUGGCGGUAUGCCUAUUUUCAUUUCCUUGAUCAUGUGUGGUUCAAACUUCAAUCUUUUCGCUCAGGUGUGUUUCUUCCCAAAUUGUGCAAAUGCUCGUCGACAAAUGGGUGAGAUCAAAAGCUCAGGUAUGGUGGCUCCAGGACCUUUUGAUGCUGUGGAGCUCUCAGAUGAACCUACCGUUGCUCCAUUCCCGCAAUACUAAGUAGAAGUAUUUUUCUUAAUGCUUGCAAGAAAUAAUUUAAAUGAGUGUAUUUUGAUGCUUAAUGCGUGUUUAGUUUGUAAUAAGGAUGUUGCGCUGCACACCAAUAUGUAGCUACGUAGGGGAUUUGGAAUGUGUCAUUAAUUUAUGUAUUCUGUUGUACAAAAUUUUAAUGCUGGAAGUGGUCUCUCAGACUCUUCCCAUUGAAAACCAGUGUAGUCGGCUUUCAUUAUUUUUGGUUAAUAUAUAUAAAUUGUUCUUUAGUACU